AUGGCUACCAGGUGUCUUGCAAAAGAGCUAGGAGAGCACGGAAUCCGAGUCAACUGUGUAAAUCCAACCGUGGUCAUGACUGAAAUGGGAAAGACGAACUGGAGCGAACCUAAGAAAGCUGCUGCGAUGCUCUCUCAGCUCCCAGUUGGAAGAUUUGCAGAAAUCGAAGAUGUUGUGAACGCCGUUCUAUUUCUCCUUAGUGACGCCUCCGCUAUGACGACGGGAGAAGCACUCCCAGUUGAUGGAGGCUUCACGAAAAUGUAG